AUGAAGCAAUCAGCUCAAAGAUAUUCUGUAAAAAUACCUAAACAUGAGACAAUUGAUAAAAAAGUAUACUAUACAAUUAGUAUAUGUAAUUUGGAAGGAGGAGAACCUAAAGAGCUGAAAAAAAGAUAUUCCGAAUUAGAAUCCAUGCAUUAAAAAAUAUUGGAAUGGAUUUAAAUAUUUAAAAUAAAAAUCCCUGUGAUUCAUUUUCCUAAGAAGAAGUUCUUGUUUCAUACAAAUUAGAGUGAAGAAAGCAUAAUUAAAAGAGUAAACUUUGAUUUUAUUUAAAGAGAGGAGAAUUAUAAUAAUAUCUGAAUGAAAUACUAGCUUGCCCAGAAUUACAUUGUCUUGGAGUAAUUGAAGAAAUGCUUCCUAAAGAGCCUAAAUUGAGUGCACAGAAACAAAAUGAUACGCCUGUUGAUAGAAGAUGGCAAGAAAUUCAAUAACUUAAAGAAUCCUAUUUAGCAAAACAUGGGGAUUCAAUAUUCUCUUUACCCCAAAAAAAAAUUGAAUAACAAAGCAAGUAUUAACACUUAAUAUUUCUAGAUAGUAAUAUAUUUUUAAGUUCGAAGAUCAUCUCAUAUUUGAUGAUUCAGCCCUUUAUACAAUUUAAGCAACAGAUACUAUUACAAACAAAAGUUGGAGAUUUACUUAACGAUUUCAAGACUUAAGAGAUUAUCAUAGACAAAUAAAAAACAUUCAUCUUGAUUUUCCAUUACCUAAUUUCCCUGAAAAAAAAUUAGUUAAUAUUUCUGAUGCUGCUGAUUUACGAGAUAGAAAAUCGCAGUUAGAAGAUUAUCUUAAUCGCAUUUUCAAGUCUCAAAUCAAUUCUAUAAUAGAUAUCAAACAAUAGUUGAAAGUGAUAUUAUGGUAUUUUUCAUAGCCAAAAGCUAACUUGAUGGUAAUGAAAUUGGCUGUCGAUCUAAGGGAACCUCUUAAACCACCUUAGAGGUAAUAAUUAAAUGAUAUCUCAAGAACUCAAGUAUAAAAUCUAAGAGCCAAACUACAAUAGAACAAUUUGAUGAUGAUCAUAAACAGCCUCGAAAAAUAACAUGUUGA